CUCGUGCUGAUUGCGUGUUAUCAUACUAGUGUCUGGGGUUACCGCUACCCCGCAUCAGCGUAUCGCUUAAGUGUACAUCCACCUGCGUUGGGAUUGAAACGGCUGCUCGUGGCGGUGUUGCAAGCUUGACAGAUUGCAUAAAUCACCAAAAAGACGGUACUACGUCCAAGAUGGAUAUCCUACAGCAGAUCGACGACUUACCGGACCCGGUCGUGGCUGAGAAAGCGCGCAAAGCGAUCCUCGUUCUCCGUCGAACGUGCGCAUUAUAUCCGCUUGACAAAAUUGCGUUCAGCUUCAACGGUGGAAAGGACUCGACCGUAAUUCUGCACCUGCUGCGAGCAGCGGUGGCGCAGCUGCAGGGCCCCGAGGCGAAAGGUCUAGGCGGCAUUCAGAGCUUUUACUUCCGCAAAUCUGAUGAUUUUCAGGAGGUCAUGAAAUUCGUGGAGAGCUCUGACGCCCAGUACGGCCUGAAUGUGUCGUACAUAGCCGAGCAGGACUUCAAACGCGGCCUCACGGACUACCUGGCCCGCACGGGCGUCAUGGCCAUCGUGCUGGGGACCAGGAGGGGCGACCCCAAUGCCGGCGGCCAGGACGUGUUCUGUCCCUCCUCCGAGGGCUGGCCGCCCUUCAUGCGCGUCAACCCCAUCCUUGACUGGACCUACCACGACGUGUGGCUGCUGCUGCGCGCCACCCGGGUGCCGUACUGCGGGCUGUACGACCAGGGCUACACCUCACUGGGCGGCACCGGCAACACGCUGCCCAACAGCGCGCUGCUCCGCUCCGACGGGCGCUACGAGCCCGCCUACCACUUGGCGGACGGCAGGCUGGAGCGGGUGGGGCGGGUGCACCCGGCCAGGGGCGGCAGCGGCAGCAACAGCAGCGUAAACAAGCCUGCAGGGGAAUCCGCAGCAGGGGGGGCGGCAGCAGGGGCGGCCGCACAACGCCCCCCACCACCACCAGCUGCAUGUGCCGCAGCUGCCGCGGGUGCCACUGCCGCAGCUGCUGCCGCCACCGACGCUGUGCUGGCGGCCGCACUGCAGGGGACAGCGGUGCACCAUUACCACCACCACCAACAACAACAACAACAACAACAACAACAACAAUAUCAGCAGCAGCAACAAGAAGCAGCAAAUGGUAUCAAUCCGGCGGGUGCGGGUGCGGAUGCCGCGGGUCCUAGUGCGGCAAACGGGCAGGACGGGCAGAGCCCGGUGCUGCAUGCCGGUGGGGAAGCCGGCGCGACAGCAGCGCAGCAGCAGGGGGGGCAGGCGGGGUCGUGUUGCCAGGCAGCGGCGCAGCAGCAGUCUGCUGUGGCGGCCGGCGGCAGUGCUGCGGGAGGAGGAGUCAUUGGAACGGGAUCAGCAGCAGCAGCAGCAGCGGCUUUGGAGGAGCGGGCGGAACCCGGGGGUGAUGCUGUGGAUGGGGGAGGCCGCGACGCCGGCAGCACUAGCAGCAGCGGUUCCGGUGCUGAGGCUGAGGCUGGGGCUGCUGCCGCUGUGGCGCCCCCAGCUGGCCCGGUCUCUGAGCUGACCCGCAGUGCCGCCAUUGUUAUUGUGGGGGACGAGCUGCUGUCGGGGAAGGUUGAGGACGUCAACGCGCGCUUCCUGUGUCGGGAGCUGCGCUCGCUGGGCUGGCAGGUGCUGCGUGUUGUGUUCGUGCCGGACACGGUGGACGAGAUCUCCAGUGCGGUGCGGGCGCUGGCGGCGGUGGUGGAGCUGGUGAUCACGGCGGGGGGCAUCGGGCCCACCCUGGAUGACGUCACCAUGCAGGGGAUUGCUCUGGCGGUGGGGCAGCCGCUGGUCAGGCUCCCCGCCAUGGUGGAGCGCCUGUCCAGCUACUUCGGCGCCUCCCGCCUCACGCCCGCGCACCUGAAGAUGGCGGAGGGCCCGCAGCACGCCGAGCUGAUCGACUACGCGCUGCCCGACUCCGGUCUGCCCUCCAAGUUCCCCAUACUGCGGGUCGACAACAUAUACGUGCUGCCGGGUGUCCCCUCGCUGCUGGUUCAGAAGUGGCGGGCGCUGAAGCCCCGGCUGGCGGAUGCCGCCAUGCCGCCCUUCCGCAACGCCACUCUGCGCCUGUCGAUACAGGACGAGACCCGCAUCGCUCCCGCACUGGACCAGGUUGCCGCGACCCACGGGUCGGAUGUGGCGGUGGGCUCCUACCCCGUGGAGCAGGGCAUCAUCGUCACACUGGACAGCAAGAACCCUGGCGCACUGGCCUCCGCGGUGCAGCAGCUGACUGGGCUGCUGCCCGGGGAGCAGCUGGUGGCGCUGGAGCGGGAUGUGGACACACUGCCGCAGUAGGAGCGGAAGGGGGGGAGAGGGGGAGGGGAGAGGAAAGUGUUGGUAACAAUUGUGCAGACCCGCGGGGCGGAAAGGGGAAAGGGCAGCAGGAUGGAGGGAAGCGGAAGUGGAAAUAAAAGCAAUUGGUCUGAAGCAGGAGGAUGGGGAAAGGGCAGCAGGGUUGCUACUGGGGCUGCUGUAUGAUGUGCGAGGGGAGGAGGGGUCACAACCAGCUGGUCCAUAGAGGCGCCAGGAUGGGAAGCACGUUGCGAGCCGGGCUGUGCUGUUCGUGGUAUGGGGAUAGGGGCAGAGAUCAGGGGCGAUGUCCCAGUGUGAUGUCCCAAGCGCUGAUUGGGUGUUGGGAUUGCAAUGUGCCGUGGUGGCUGUAAGCUUCCUGGUUGGCUGGGGAGCGAUGACUGGGCACACACAACUGCUGCGCUUGGAUUAUUAAGUGGCAUGGGUAUUGGUGGGGAGAGGGGAAGGACGGAUGAGGGGGCGUGGCAAUGUGGUUGCUGCAUGGUUUGCGGAUCAGCACAGGCAGGCAGGGGAGGCAGCACUGCAGGUGGCCGGCCGGCUACAGAGGCGGAGGGUGUGUUACGCCUGGGCGUCAAGUGCUGCUUGCAGGUGUGCGGGGGCCUGAUUGCUGCUUUUCCAGCGUGGAAGAGGUUACCGAGCCCCGGUCCUGGCAGAUGCGGGAGCGUGCAGCUUGCAACGAGGCGGUCGAUGUAGUCGGGGGACAGAAUUAUAUCAGAAUCCACAGGUUGGGGCAAAGCAAUGGGGAUAGGGGGAAGAGGGAAGGGGGCCGCUGCCGCGGUGAAGCCCACGGAUGGCUGGGACAGGUGCCGGCUGCCGCGCCGUUUCGGCUUCUGACAUGCUCUCAUGCCCCGUCUCCCCGCACUCCGCUAAAUGUAAGGAAAGCAACACCA